UGCCCACCGCACCCCGCCACCCCCGUCCCCAGGCGCAGCAUGGAGCUGAGCCCCAGGAAGAAGCUGCACGCGCUGUCGCUGGCCGAGAAGAUCCAGGUGCUGCAGCUGCUGGACCAGUCGAAGCUGUCGCAGUCGGAGGUGGCGCGGCGCUUCCAGGUGUCGCAGCCGCAGAUCUCGCGCAUCUGCAAGAACAAGGCCAAGCUGCUGGCCGACUGGAGCAGCGGCACCGCCAACCGGCAGCGCAAGCGCAAGCGCGAGUCCAAGUACAGCGGCGUGGACGAGGCCCUGCUCUGCUGGUACCGCCUGGCGCGCGCCCGGGCCUGGGACGUGACGGGCCCGGCGCUCAUGCACAAGGCCAAGGAGCUGGCCGACCUCCUGGGCCAGGACUUCGCGCCCAGCGUCGGCUGGCUGGUCCGCUGGAAGCGCCGCAACAACGUGGGCCUCUUCGGGGCGCGCCCAGGGCUGGGGCCCCGCUGCCCUCCUGGGCCGCCGCCUCCGAGCCGCCGGGCCCAGGCCCCUCCACCUCCGUCCCUCGCAGACUUCUCCCCGGAGGAUGUGUUCGGCUGCGCCCAGGUGCCCCUGCUCUACCGGGCAGUGCCCGGAGGCAGAGCGGCCACCCGUGACCAGGUGCUGGUGUUGCUGUGUGCCAACACCCGGGGCACGGAGAGGAGGCGGGUGGUGGUCAGCAGGCUCCCGGGGGCUCCCCGAGGCUUCCUCGGGGCCAGCAGCGAGGCACUGCCCGCCUCCUACCCCCAGGAGCUGGGCCUCCCCUGGUCCAAGUGGCUGGCACAGUUUGAUCGGGACAUGGGGCGGCAGGGCCGGCAGGUGGCCUUGCUGCUGGCAGCCUCUGCCCAGGACAAAUUGGCUGUGCAGGGGACCCGGCUCUGCCAUGUGCGGAUCUUGCCCCUGGCAGCCACCGGCGCCCCGUCCCUGCCCGGCGCCGUGGUGCGAGCCUUCAAGGCCCAUUACCGGCUGCGGCUCUUGGGCAAACUGACCGCUUUGCAGAGCCAGAACCCGGGCAUGUCCCUGGCCCAGGCUGGGGCCCGCCUCACCAUCCUGGAUGCCCUGCACAUGGCAGCGGCGGCCUGGGCCAAGGUGACUCCCCAGCUCAUCGUUGGCAGCUUCAUUGAGGAGGGGCUGGUUCCGGGCAAGAUGCCCCUGUACCUGGCACGCGCCUCUCCCAUGCCCCCUGCUCCUGGAGGGCUAAGCACCGAGGAGUUCGCCCGUUUUGUGGACCUGGAAGAGGAGCAGCCCCCUUCCUGGGUGGGCAAAGAGGAGUCAGGGGCAGAAAGCGAGGAGGGAGACUUGGCAGAGGCGUCGCCCACCCCCGCUGAUGCUCUCCGCGCCCUGGGCACGCUGAGGAGGUGGUUUGAAUGCAAAGGCGCCUCUCCCGAGCUGUUUGAGAAGUUCUACGCGUGUGAGGAGGAAGUGGAGCGGCUCUGCUGCUUGUGAAGGCUUUGGGGUGGUCCCCCAGAGCCCCUUCUCUUGUGUUUCCCAUGGAAACGCCCCUUCCCCAAAAGCAGCUUGGGGGCUGGUCUCUUUCCCAUGGAAAUGGAGCUUUGGUGCAGGGUGCAAGAAGGGAGACUGGAGAGAUGGAGAUGGGACCUCUGAGCAGAAGCUUGUCCAGGCUCCUCCCCACCCAGAGGGCCUGAAGAUGGGGUUCUGGGGAGCAAGGCCGUGACCUUCAAGGACAGAACCAGAGUCUUGUGGACAAGGCCGAGCCUCAAUCUGAGUUAGAUACACCUCUGCUUCUGGAAAUAAAGGUCUAGCUCGCUUGAUUUGGGGGCCACACCAGGCUGUUCUCAGGGCUGACUCCUGGCUCCAUACUCAGGAGUCACUCCUGCAGUACUUGGAGAACCAUAUGGGGUGUCGGGGAUAGAACCCAUUUGGGCCACAUGCAAGUCA